AUGCAACACGACAAAGAGAAUCUGCCCAGUACUCCGGUGGUGAAGGAGGUUAUGAAACGGCCAUCGCUACAGAGCCCGUGGUCCGCAGCAUCUCCUAACGUCAGAGGUGCUCCCAAAAAAAUCGGGAGACCGCUGCAAGAACUUGGGGAUCAAAAUUUGGACGCCACAAAUGCUUACGAUGAAACAUUGGAUAUGUCAAGCGUUAAGAGAGGGCUUAACGAAUCUGUGUUAGAUACUCCUUCGAGCCCAACGAGCCCAGCCAGUGGCGUUUGUUACGGCGACAGAAUUUCAGGAAGAUCUACAGGAUCAGCAUUGAAAUACUCAGAAACAAGAGAAGAGGAGUUCCGUCAGAAUCACCUUCAAGAUUUCCGGCUUGAUGGCGACGCAAAUCUAGAGGAAUCAGCUUUUGGGGAAACUUUCACUUGCAUGGAACGGAAGGAACGAUACGAAUCUUGUGACUCUUUGAAGGCUGUGUCUUUGACGGAAAACCAUCCUACUUCUGUUUUCUGUGACCCAAGCCUUGAAGAAACUGCUGUAGAGUCUACAUUCUGCGAAUGCGAAACUACUCACGGAAGAAUAACCUACUGUAGUACAGAAGAUCCAAACGGAACUUCAAAAUCGAACCAGUCACUCAACUCAACACUAACAGGCAAUGAAAUCAAUGUGCAAAACGGUGUAAAUGUCGUUUGCGAUGCAAAUUUGGAGGAAACGUCGUGGGAACCGACGUUUUGUGAAUCGGAGUUUAGCCAGAUCGUAAUGAAAAACAACAUCAACCCCUCCGACAAGAUUUCUUUUACGGAGCAGCAUAACAACACGCACGUUCGCAUUAUCUGUGACUCAAAUCUGGCAGAAACGUCGAUCGAACCCAAUUUCUACAGAUGCGAUGUGACUCAGGAUACAAUGGCAGAUAACAUAGCGAAAGAGCUAACCAGCACUACUUUUACGAUCGCAGUAGACAAAGAUGAUAUUCCUAUUCGCGUUUCAACUGACGCCAAUCUUGAGGAAUCUGCUAUCGAUCCGACCUUCUGUGGUAUAACCCAGUCUGUGGUGGUAGCGGGAGAUGAAACUCUUACGAAUGACUGUAACGAAGUUGUAACUCCUGCACAUCACACUCAUGACGCCAAUCCGGAAGGGAUUUGCUCUAACGCCGCUAAAGCACAUGCAAGUGAAUUAAAACUGCUAGAAGAAAACUCACAUUCAAUUCGUGUUUUUGUGGAUGCCAAAGCAUCACCUGUAAGGUCUAGCUGCGAGGAAUUGGGCGAAGAUUUCGAUUAUAAGGCUAACGAGUUAGGAGAGUUGAGAGCGAAUCUGAAUCGCUCGCAAGAAAUUAAGGUUACGGCAUCUGUGAAUGUGUCUGUUGUGGAAGAAACUGAAGAUUCUCGAAAAGAUAUCACUUCUAUAUCCGAAAGAUCACGAGAAUUCUCGCCAGUUUCGACAGCUGUGAGCGCUUUGAACAGCGGUACAGGAAAAAGUGAUCAAUCGUUGCAGCUAAGUAACAUCACGCAGUUUGGGAACGUUAGUAUGGAUAUUUCCUCGUGUUCUACAUCAUCACAGGCGAAUGACACACUCGCUUUUCUCGAAUCUUUGGAGAAGAUAACGCCUAGUAACCGACAAAGUUAUCAGGAACCUGUUUCUCAAUAUGCUGCUAACGAAACGGAGGAUCAUUCUCCCUCGCUGAGCAGUUUUCCUACCUCCACUGCAGCUGAUUCAUUCACUAAUGUCGCGGAAGAUACAUAUUUCGUUUUGCAACGGUUGGAGAGGCAGCCGUCGAUGUCUAGAGCGGAUACUUUGGAUGAGCAAAUGAAAGGAGAUCCUGUUCCCAUGGAAAAAAUGCAAUCAGACGGUACCGAAUCUGAAGAGAAGUGCUUGCCACCAAUACGUUGCAGCAAUCCACGUCUCUUUGCGCAGUUAUCUCCAAUAGCUGACCUAUCCAGAAGCAAUGUCGGCUCACGAGCUUCCACCAUUCGUUGUUCCAUGGAUUUGGUGUCUGAUUGCUCUCCACCCAUUUCCCAAAAUAGGAAAUAUAAUAUGAAUGAUUCCGAAAUUUCAUUUCUGAUGAAUGAAAACAAAAUUUACGAUAUGGCUUUACGGAAUGCGGUUGAGUCACCUGAGGAAGUUACUAGCCUAAGGGAUAGAGUUGCUCAGCUUGAGAAAGAUAAGGGAGAAUUGAAUGAGAAGCUCCGCACUAUCACUGGUGAAUUAGAUGGGUUUAAAGCCGCUGUCAAUUCGAAAAGCUCGGAGCUAAUGGAAGCGGCAAAAAAACUGAAUGAAGUAACAAAAGCAAAAGAGCAUGCCGAAAGAACUGUUGCUGAUUAUGAGUUUAUAGUUGAGGAUCUGAAAAGAAGAAACAACGAACAAAAAGAGGACCUCCAUUCAAAGAUAAUCAGCCUGGAAGGAGAAAUGGAGUCCUAUCGUGCCCAGAUCCGAUCUCAGGUGGAGAUGACUUUCACGGCUUCUGGACUUAGUACUGAAUUGACUUUGGUCAGAGAACAAUUGAUGAUGACGAAAGAUGCUCACAAUUCUGCCGAAGAACGUUGCAAAGAAUUAGCCAAAGAACUCGAGCUUUCAGCCAACGAAAAUCUGAAUUUGUUGAAUCAGGUUGCUGAGAUCAGUGCAAAGUCUGAAGUUCUUCAGAAUGAAGUUAAAGAAUUGGAACGUAUGGUCAAAGAAAGAGAGACGGCGCUGAAGAAUGAAGAAGAGAGUAGGAGCAAACAGUACCACGAAUUGGAGACACGAUGCAAGGAAGCCGAAAGCUCCAUGAAUAAAUCAAUUGGAGAGGUGGAGAGUCUUAAAAAGCAGCUGGAGGCAGCUUUGAAUGAUCUGACUGUUUUGCGAGAGAUUCAGACUGGAAGUGAAAUGGAAUUGAUUGAGUUGAAGGACCAACUCAAGAACGCAACCGAGGAAUCUGAAACUUCACGCGCGAAAGAGGCAGAUUUACGAGAGAAGUUCGAAGAUGUCCAAUGUGCCCUCAAAGAAAAGUCGCAGCUCCUUGAACAAGCGCAUAAGAACAGUGUUGAGAUGAGUAGCAAGAUUGCUGAACUCAAAGAGGAACUCGAUGCAGAAAAACUUGCAAGAGACGUUACUGGACGCGAACUCGAGCAACUGCGGGAAGAAAACAAUUUAAUCGCAGCGGUUGCGAAAGAGGCGAAAUCUGCUCUCUCGGAUGCUCAAUCACAGGUGGAGGAAGCUAACAAAAGAUGUGAAGAGCAAGCGCAGCGUCAUGAAGAGGAGGUUGCAUUGCGAGUGAGUGAGUUACAAUCGGUGUUAGAUGCGCAUUCAUCUGAAAAGGCUGCAUUUGCUAGAGAACUCGGGGAAUACCAGAAAAAACUGGACGAAAUGACAAAGAAGCUUGAGCAGAUGGCUGAAACGAUUACCGCUCUUGAAAAAGAAGCUGCAGAAUUGCGCGAACAGAAGAAGAAUCUAAGUUCAGAACUGGAGUUAGGAAUCCAGGUUUACGAAGAAAAAGUAGCUGAGUUGGAUCAGAUUGCUAAGUUGAUAACUGACAAAGAAGAAGAGAUUGCCCAACUUUCUGAAGCGAAAAAGGAUCUGCUGGAGGAAAUACAGUUAGUAAAACACAGCCUGGAAGAGAAAGUGGACGAGAUUGAAAAGCUAAAAGCUGCGUCGGCAGCAUUCACAGAAUCUGCAGCAUUGCUUGAGUCAGAACGAGAUUCUCUAAAAUCUGACUUGGCUGCCACACAAGAAAAACUCUGCGAGAGUGAAAAGGAGCUGAAGAGGCUCGAGUCGAUGGGUUCUGAAAUUGCAGUUAUCACUUCCGAACGCGAUGGCCUUCAAGACCGUCUCAAUGCUGCUGAGGAGCUUAUCACGAAGUUCAGGGAAGAAGAAGCGCAGAUAAGAGCGGCUCUGGAGCAAUCACAGGCUCAAAUUGCCGCCUUAACUGCUCAGAAAACGCUGCUGGAAGAAGAUUUCCAGGCGAAAGAAAGUGAAUACAAAGAAAAAUUAGCAGCAUCUGAUAUGACGAUCACGGAGUUGAACGCAGUCGUGGAAAAAUUGGGAUUAGAACGUAAUCAACUCUCUGAAAGGCUUUCCGCUACACAACAAGAACUCACUGCUAAGGAGACUGCUGCCAAAUCAUUGGUUACGUUAGAGCGGGUGAAUAUUUCACUUAAAAGUGAAAUGAAUGCCCUAGAGACGGAGCUGGAAGCUGCUAAACAGCAACACCAGGCUGAGAUAGGUGUUGCUCAAGAGACCAUUGAUGACUUGAGGAAACAAUUACGGGAGUCGAUGGAAAAAAUGGAGAAAGCAGAAUCCUCGCAAUCGAAAAAGGUUGUAGAGAGUUCUAACGAAGAGGUAGCUGAAUUAAAACGUGCUCUUUUGCUGAAAGAAGCAUAUGCGGAAAACUUAGCAAAGAAAUGUGACAAGUUAGCCGAGACAGAGACGGAGUUAACACAGCAAAUCAGCGAUCUAUGCGAAGAAAGAAAUCAACUAAAAGCACAAAUGAAUGAAGGCGUGAGAAUGCUGGCACCAGAUCAUACAAUUGAUCACAAUGAAAGUCCUUCAAAGGAUGCGCAGCAGAAAAUAGAAGCGCUUGAGAGAGAGGUCGAUAUUCUGAAAAUGGAAAAACAACAGUUAGAAAAGAUUGCCAACUACUCCUCUUGCAACGAAGUUGGAGAACUAAAACGGUACUUGGCUAUCAAAGAUGAUUACAUAGAAUACCUUGGAAAGCAGUGCGACGAGUUUGAUGACAUAGAAGCGAAGUAUAGAGAAGAAAUUGCUGACUUAUGCAAGGAGAGAGAUCGUUUGAAGGCUCAAAUUGACCCAUCAAGUGUACCUGUGGUUCCCGUUCUCACUGAAGCUCUAACGAAUGGAAUCAAAAUGCUCACCCCAGACCACCCCAAGACACGCAAGGAGGUCUUAUCAGAGGAAUCAGAACAGAAAAUUCAUGAACUACAAGCAUUGGUUAAAAAAUUGGAAGAAGAAAAGAAGCAGCUCAUAAAACAAAAAUCACAAGAUGAUAAGGUAAUUCAACAGAGUGCCGAACAACGGGAACUAUGCGAGCAGCAGAAGAUGAAGGAUGCUGAACAGAAAAUAGAAGCGCUUGAGAGAGAGGUUGAUAUUCUGAAAGUGGAAAAACAACAACUAGAAAAGAUUGCCAACUACUCCUCUUGCAACGAAGUUGGAGAACUAAAACGCUACUUGGCUAUCAAAGAUGACUACAUAGAAUACCUAGGAAAGCAGUGUGACGAAUUUGAUGACAUAGAAGCGAAGUAUAAAGAAGAAAUUGCUGACUUAUGCAAGGAGAGAGAUCGUUUGAAGGCUCAAAUUGACCCAUCUAGUGUACCUGUGGUUCCUGUUCUCACUGAAGGUCUAACGAAUGGAAUCAAAAUGCUCACCCCAGAUCACCCCAGGACACACAAGCAAGACUCUUCAGAGGAAGCUGAACGAAAAGUCCUCGAACUUGAAGCAUUAGUUGAAAAAUUGGAGGAAGAAAAGAAACAGUUUUCAAGAAUAUCUAAUCAAGUGAACGAAACCGCUGAACUAAAAAGCAGGGUCGCCGAGCUGAUGAAGGAGAACGCUGCUCUCAGAAGCCAGUGCACAUCAGAGGCAUCUAAACCUUGCCUACUUGACGCUCAUGGAAAGAGGCUGUGUGAGGAGGAAGAAAUGAAUGAAAGAUCUGACAAAGAUGACGCAUUUACAUCUGCGCCAUCUUCACCAACACUGCAGUCGAGGUCGUAUGAUUCAUUCGCCGGUCCGGCACAUGAGGAAUCCACCAUAGAAACUGCUGCAGUCACCCCUAACCGUACCCUUCACACUACACUAUACAAGAGAAUAGACAAGACAACAAAUCUUUUGGAAACAUCAGAUGCUACUAAGCGGGAAAAUAGUCGAUGUGCUCAACAAUAG